AUGGAACGCUCCGGGCGGCGCCGGUCUGCCGUUGGCGUUGGCGUGGGUGCACUCGUGGCGGGACUCGUUGCAUUUAGCCUCCUCGCGACCCACGCCAGCGCUGACGUGUGCGCGGACGAGAAUUGCGGGGACGAAGUGUACUGCAUUGAGGGUCCCGAUGGCAAGCCCGUGUGCCAGUGCGAGGAUGGUCUUCUUGUCUUCGAUGAGGUGGAUGGGACGUGCGUUAGUGGGAAGGACUGUGGGGACGACGCUUUCUGCUUUGACUAUGCCGAUGGCACUGCCAACUGCCGGUGCUAUGAUUUCUCUCGAUUCAACGAGGAGGACGGGACGUGCAGUGGUGGUGGUGAGUGUGGCCCGAGUGUUGGUGCAAAAAAGGCUCUCGCCUUGAUGAAGUUACCAAGAAGUGUUUUGUUGGUGAGUGGUGGAGUGCGGGUGAGUGGUGGAGUGUGGGUGAAUGGUGGAGUGUGGGUGAGUGGUGGAGUGUGGGUGAAUGGAGUGUGGGUGAGUGGUGGAGUGUGGGUUAGUGGUGGAGUGUGGGUGAGUGGUGCAGUGUGGGUGAGUGGUGGAGUGUGGGUGAGUGGAAUGUGGAUGAGUGGUGGAGUGUGGGUGAAUGGUGCAGUGUGGGUGAGUGGUGGAGUGUGGGUGAGUGGUGGAGUGUGGGUGAGUGGUGGAGUGUGGGGGAGUGGUGGAGUGUGGGUGAGUGGAGUGUGGGUGAGUGGUGGAGUGUGGGUGAGUGGUGGAGUGUGGGUGAGUGGUGGAGUGUGGGUGAGUGGUGGAGUGUGGGUGAGUGGUGGAGUGCGGGUGAGUGAUGGAGUGUGGGUGAGUGGUGGAGUGUGGGUGAGUGGUGCAGUAUGGCCGACUACACGUGCAUUGCUGGUGAGUGCAGUGUGGGUGAGUGCUGCAGUGUGGGAGAGUGCUGCAGUGUGGGAGAGUGCUGCAGUGUGGGGGAGUGGUGCAGUGUGGGGGAGUGCUACAAUGUGGGGGAGUGCUGCAGUGUGGGUGCUUACUGGAAAAUAUGCGAGGUGCUGGACUGUGAAGGAGUGCUGGAGUGUGGGUGGUGCUGGAGUGUGGGUGGUGCUGGAGUGUGGGUGGUGCUGGAGUGUGGGUGGUGCUGGAGUGUGGGUGGUGCUGGAGUGUGGGUGGUGCUGGAUUGAGGGUGGUGCUAGAGUGUGCGUUAGUGUACACGAUUCAUAA